AUGGUCGUCGCCACUAUUAAAUGCGUUGUCGUCGGUGAUGGUGCUGUGGGAAAGACAUGUCUUCUGAUAUCCUACACGACAAACAAAUUCCCCUCCGAAUAUGUUCCCACCGUUUUUGAUAAUUAUGCCGUCACUGUUAUGAUCGGCGAUGAACCGUAUACGCUGGGACUUUUCGAUACUGCUGGACAGGAGGAUUAUGACCGUCUCCGCCCUCUUUCAUACCCCCAGACCGAUGUCUUUUUGGUCUGCUUCUCCGUGACUUCCCCCGCCUCCUUUGAGAACGUUCGCGAAAAAUGGUUCCCCGAGGUUCACCACCACUGCCCCGGUGUCCCUUGCCUCAUCGUCGGUACGCAGACCGAUCUUCGCGACGACGCCGCCGUUCGCGAAAAGCUUGCCCGUCAAAAGAUGCAGCCCAUUCGCAAGGAAGAUGGAGAUCGCAUGGCCAAGGAGCUGGGAGCGGUUAAAUAUGUCGAGUGUUCUGCCUUGACUCAGUACAAGCUCAAGGAUGUUUUCGACGAGGCCAUUGUUGCCGCUCUUGAGCCCGCCCCCAAGAAGAAGUCGAAGUGCGUCUUGCUGUAA